AUGCUGAACCCCCUUCACUACGAUCUCUCGACCUCCCCACAGUCCUGCUUCCUGGCAUACGAUCCUGAACCACAACCUCCUCAUGUUGCAUCACCUGUGAGCUUCUGCCUGCACAUGGAUCCGCGUGGACGCAAUGAGGUCCAAAGCGAGAAAACUGGGCUCGAGUCCGGUGCGCGGCGUUUCUCUGGAGUCUUACCAAAAGAGAAUCGCUUACGCCAGCUUGCAGGUUCGUCAUACGAAUCUUCGGUAGCCCUUGUAAGGAUAGCCAUAGCCCUGCAGACUUUAAUAGACGAAGGUGCAAGCGCUCGAUUCUUGGGCCGAUAUCAGCGCGCCUUGGCAGCAUUUCGUAAUGAAUUGAACACGAAAAACAACCAGCUCAUCCCAGGUACCGUCUUGGCUGGAAUUCAACUGUGUACAGUAGAGAUCCUCUUGGGUUCGAAAUGGACCUCGAAUUUUGACGGUAUCUCCCGAUUAGUGGCAUCUAGUUCUUCGGAAUUCUUGAGAUCGAUACCUCUGUCGGCUUCAAUUCCCAUUGUUGAAACCCUGAGCCUCUUCGACCUGCCAGUUUUUGUGCUUGGACGGACGACUCCGCCUCGACAAAUAUGGUCCCGAUACCGAUCUGGCAAGCUGAUCGCAAAGGCCGCACAGCAUGAAUCUGAUUCGAUUGAAGGAGUUAGUGGACUGCCUAAGACCCUAAUCGACCUGCUGGCCGAGGAGAACAGCCUGGAAUCUGCCGAGAAGUUGUGGCAUUGGACAGGGUAUGCAGGGUCGCCGCUUCAAUGUCAACUGUGGGAAGCCUAUCGCUUUGCGGGUAUCUUGGACAUCAGAAAGCGCAGCCUCGGUCGCUUUUCUGCCACAUCGUCGGCCCUGGACAAUAUCUCAAAUUUCGAGCACAUGAUUGUUGCCAGAGCAAUCAGUGCACUAUAUGCCAUCUAUACCGGGCUCUUUGACGGUCCACAGACGACUGAGGAAUGGUUUGUCGCCUACGCUGUCAACUAUCCUCUCUUCAUUGUCGCCUCGGUCGUGCUUGGUUCGAAGGAUGGCAAGUAUGGAACAAAUGGCGAAGUGAUCUUGAACGAUUGGUUUGGACGCCUAAGGUCUCUGCACAGGAGUGCCAACCUUGCCCACAUCGAAGAAAUAGCUAGAAUCAUGGGGGAAACGAGGCGGAACGGUCUGAAGAUCGAUACGCCAGAUCAGAUUGCGUACGCGAAGGGCUGGGAAGUUUUCUUACUUUAG